GCAUCGCUCUCGCGCGCUGCCCGCUCUGCCGCCAGAGGGCGCUGCUCAGCGCGGCCGCCGAGAAAUGGCGGAAUACGAGGCGGUGCAGCGCGGGCCGCUACGGCUGAAGGGCGGCGGCGCGGGGCCGGGGGCCGGGAAGCGGAAGAAGAAAAAAGCGAAGGACAAGGCCCAGAUCCUGGAGCAGAUCGUGAGCGGCAAGAAGCAGGAAGAGGAGAAGAAGCGCGGCCUGGACAAGCGGACCCCGGCACAAGUGGCCUACGAGAAGAUGCAGGAGAAGCGGCAAAUGGAGAGGAUCCUGAAGAAGGCCUCGAAAACCCACAAGCAGAGAGUUGAGGACUUCAACAGGCACUUGGACACCCUGACCGAGCACUACGACAUUCCCAAAGUCAGCUGGACCAAGUGAAUGGCGGCGUUUGGAUGGGGAGUUCUGCUUACGUCAAACUGGGCUGCCGUGUAAACCUCUGUGUUCUUGGUACUGAAUAUUCAGUGCAUCUUCGGAACAUUUAUCACCUUGUACUGUUGUAUUUCAGUUUCAGAAUACUCAACAAAGUCUCUUCUUGUCCGCUGACUUAUGUAGGUGCAGAGGGGUGUUUUUCAGUGCUCAAAGCCACACUAAGGCCAAACCCAACUGCUGUGAGACAACAGGCAAUGUUCCUCUAUUUGUCCUAUGCCAGCAGGUCUCAUUAGGAGCAGGAUUCUCUGUGGCAGCUGCUCUCAUAAAUUGCAGAACUGUGUAAUUCCUAUCCGAAAUCGCUCAGAGUUGGGGGGAGUGGUUUCUGCUGUAUUCUAAAACCCUCGUAUCUUUGAUGUAACUUAUUAAAACGCUGCUUUCAGCCA